UGUUUGGGAUUGCCACGACUAUUUGUGCUAAUUCACCGACAAGCGCUCGAAUCAUCGGUGGUCUCAUCGAGCCUCAAUCACUGGAUCGAUUUGAUUUUUGGUUACAAGCAAACCGGAAAAGCUGCAGUCGAUGCAAUCAACGUAUUCCAUCCAGCGACCUAUCGAGCAAGCACAAUGAACAGUGUGAACGAGGAGCACGACGAGCUGUCUUUAACGGCACUACGAACAAUGGUGAAAACAUACGGACAGAUGCCACUACAACUUUUUCACUCGCCACAUCUUCCACAUUUGACUGAGAAGGAUCGCCAUAAUGCAUCCAGUUUUUUAACAACUUAUCGAGCAAGCACAAUGAACAAUGUGAACGAGGAGCACGACGAGCUGUCUUUAACGGCAUUACGAACAAUGGUGAAAACAUACGGACAGAUGCCACUACAGCUUUUCCACUCGCCACAUCUCCCACACUUGACCGAGAAAGAUCGCCAUAAUGCAUCCAGUUUUUUAACAAGUCCGCUUAUAACGGUAAGCGGUAUUCGAUGGGGCGAAUUUGUUGGUAGUCCCGGCAGUGAAUUUGGCAAAUUGAUCGUUAUUUUAAACGAGGAGCCACCUUGUGAUACUGGACAUAUCAGUCAAAUCGUUGCUUUUUCGGAUGGUUCCUGUUUCGCCUACCCAAGCAACACUUGUUAUGUUUAUAAAGUAUGA